AUGGAUUCCAUCGAAGGGCGUUUCACCAUUAUGGUCAACGGCCUCGCGGUAACGACCGCCGAGGACAAUGCAGAUCCCAAAGUGCAUGCGGCUGUCGGUCGUGACCCGGCCAUUUUCACCCUGACCAGAGGCCGUCUCGAAUCCGGAGAUUGGAUACUGGGGCGGUCGUUGAUCGAAGAUCGCAGUCUUCUGCCGAAAGGGAUUUACUGGUUCAAAAAAACCUCAACAGACGUUGAGUUGGUCCAACAGAGUACCGCUAUUCCUGAAGCCGGCUCCUAUAAACUGAUGUUCGCUGGUAAAAGACGGUAA